GGGGGGUUUUCGGCCUCAGUCAUCCACCUCGCAACUUCCAUUUGUGAUUAAUUAAUUCACUUUCGCCUCAGUUUUCUUGCCUGGUUGAGGUGCUGAUGCUCAUCAACUGUAAAUAUCCUUAAAUCCUCGAAACAACAGCUGGAUUUUGAUUCUUGUCUUCUCUGCAAUUUGCUCUCCCUACUACUCCUACCACUACUUCCCACCGCCUCCCCCCACCAAAACAAUUUCCUGACAGGAAAAAAAAAUAUCCUCCUUAACCAAAACCACCACCCCCACUUACCACUUGGGUUCAACGCUCAGCCCGCGUUUGGACUCCCAUUUGGGAACGCGAUUUGAUUAAUUUCUCCUUGGUUUGGUUUGGUUGUUGAGGUCAAGCAGAGCCGGCGAGAUGUCACUGCUGCCUCCCGAAGUCCACUCCGCCCUCUCUCAGUUGCUGCGCGCACUGAGCACCGCAGAUAACACCGUCCGUACCCAGGCGGAAGAGCAGCUGAAUAAUGAUUGGAUUCAAAAUCGGCCGGAUGUCCUGUUGAUGGGUCUGGCAGAGCAGAUCGAGGGAGCCGAAGAUCUAGGGACACGGUCGUUUGCCGCGGUGCUAUUCCGGAGAAUCGCGACUAAAACACGAAAGGACCCCGCCACAAAUGAGGCCAAAGAGCUUUUCUCAACUCUCACCGGCGAACAGAGGUUGAUUAUUCGACAAAAGCUGGUCACUUGCCUGACCAACGAAUCCGCUACUGAUGUCAGGAAGAAGAUUGGUGAUGCAGUUGCCGAGAUUGCGAGACAGUACACCGAUAAUGGCGAUCAAUGGCCAGAACUCCUGGGAGUUCUAUUCCAGGCUAGCCAGUCUCCCGAUGCUGGUCUGCGGGAGGCCUCCUUCCGCAUUUUCUCGACAACCCCCGGAAUCAUUGAGAAGCCUCAUGAAGAUGCCGUUGUUGGAGUUUUUGGCAAGGGGUUCAAGGAUGAUGUAGUUUCCGUACGCAUUGCGGCCAUGGAGGCUUUUGCUUCAUUCUUCCGCUCCAUCGCCAAGAAGUCCCAGACCAAGUUCUUCGGUCUUAUGCCCGACCUGCUCAACAUUUUGCCCCCCUUGAAGGAAUCUUCUGAAAGUGACGAGCUUUCAGCCGCUUUCUUGGCCCUCAUCGAGCUGGCGGAAAUCUCUCCAAAGAUGUUCAAGAGCCUGUUCAACAACCUGGUGAAGUUCAGCAUUAGCGUUAUUGCCGACAAGGAACUCAGUGAUCAAGUCAGACAGAAUGCUUUGGAACUGAUGGCCACAUUUGCUGAUUACGCCCCUGCCAUGUGCAAGAAAGACCCUGAAUUCACACAGGAGAUGGUGACCCAGUGCUUGAGCUUGAUGACCGACAUUGGUGUUGACGAUGAGGAUGCCUCUGAGUGGAAUGCUUCCGAAGAUCUGGACUUGGAAGAGAGUGAUCUCAACCACGUUGCUGGAGAGCAGUGUAUGGACCGUCUUGCCAACAAGCUCGGAGGCCAGGUCGUGCUCCCUGCCACCUUUGCAUGGAUCCCCCGCAUGAUGUCUUCGUCCGCCUGGCGUGACCGCCAUGCGGCUCUCAUGGCCAUCUCGGCGAUUUCUGAAGGCUGCCGCGACUUGAUGGUUGGCGAACUGGACCAGGUCCUGCAGCUUGUUAUUCCCGCUCUCCGGGACCCUCACCCUCGUGUCCGCUAUGCUGGCUGCAAUGCUUUGGGUCAGAUGAGCACAGACUUUGCAGGCACCAUGCAGGAGAAGUACCACCAGGUUGUUCUUAGCAACAUCAUCCCAGUUCUUGACAGUGUUGAACCCCGUGUCCAGGCGCACGCUGCUGCCGCCCUGGUUAACUUCUGCGAGGAGGCCGAGAGGAAGAUUCUUGAGCCCUAUUUGGCUGACCUUCUCCGACACCUGCUGCAGCUCCUCCGUAGCCCCAAGCGUUAUGUGCAGGAACAGGCUUUGUCCACCAUUGCCACCAUCGCUGACUCCGCAGAGAAUGCUUUUGAAGAAUACUAUUCGACUCUGAUGCCUUUGCUUUUCAAUGUGUUGAAGGAGGAACAGUCCAAGGAAUACCGCCUUCUACGUGCCAAGGCAAUGGAGUGCGCUACUCUGAUUGCGCUCGCUGUUGGUAAGGCCAAGAUGGGACAGGAUGCACUCAACCUGGUCCAGCUGCUAGGCAACAUUCAGCAGAAUAUUGUCGAUGCGGAUGACCCACAGUCUCAAUACUUGCUUCACUGCUGGGGCCGUAUGUGCCGUGUCCUCGGCCAGGACUUCGUUCCUUACUUGCCAGGAGUUAUGCCACCACUGCUAGCUGUAGCUGCCGCCAAGGCUGAUAUCCAGCUGCUCGACGAUGAGGACCAGAUCGACCAGGUGGAGCAGGACGAGGGCUGGGAGCUGGUGCCGCUGAAGGGCAAGAUUAUUGGUAUCAAGACCAGCGCACUAGAGGACAAGAACACGGCCAUUGAGCUUAUCACAAUUUACGCUCAAAUUCUGGAGGCAUCCUUCGAGCCAUACGUGUUGGAGACGAUGGAGAAGAUUGCUGUUCCAGGCUUAGCCUUCUUCUUCCACGACCCUGUGCGGGUGUCCUCGGCCAAGCUGAUCCCCCAGCUCCUGAAUUCUUACCGCAAAGCUCACGGAGAACAGUCCGCUGGCUUCGUUGGAAUGUGGUCUAAGGUUGCAGAGAAGAUCAUCGAGGUUCUCAGCGCAGAGCCCACCGUGGAUACCCUGGCGGAGAUGUAUCAGUGCUUCUACGAGUCGGUUGAAGUUGUCGGCAAGAACUGCCUGGGACCACAGCACAUGCAGGCGUUCAUUCAGUCGGCCAAGUCGACAUUGGAAGACUACCAGGUCCGCGUGCAGGCGCGCGCCGAAGAGCGAGCAGACGCAGACGAUGCCGAGGAGGAGAACCCAGACUACGAGUACGCUAUCGAGGAUGACCAGAACCUUCUCAGUGAUAUGAACAAGGCGUUCCACACCAUUUUCAAGAACCAGGGCACAACAUUCCUUCCCUCGUGGGAGCAGCUAAUGCCAUUCUACGAUGCAUUCAUCAAGAGCGAGGACCCAACCCAGCGACAAUGGGCACUGUGCAUUAUGGACGACGUGCUGGAGUUUUGCGGACCGGAUUCAUGGCGAUACAAGGACCACAUCAUGCAGCCAUUGGCAGCCGGACUGCAGGAUGCCAAUGCGGCCAACCGCCAGGCGGCCGCUUACGGUGUGGGAGUGGCCGCCCAGAAGGGUGGCGCAGCCUGGAGCGACUUUGUGGCGGCUAGUCUACCGAGUCUGUUUCAAGUUACACAGUUCAGCCAAUCGCGCACAGAGGAGCAUGUAUUUGCAACUGAGAAUGCCUCGGCUAGUAUUGCUAAGAUCUUACACUACAACGCUAGCAAGGUAUCUAACGCAGCCGAGAUGGCAGGUAACUGGAUCUCCACACUUCCAAUUACCUACGAUGAGGAGGCAGCUCCGUACGCAUACUCUUUCCUGGCUCAAUUGAUUGACCAACAAAACCCUGUGGUCAUGUCAAAUGCAGACAAAGUUUUUGGAUACAUCGUACAAGCGUUGGAAGCCGAGACCCUUCAGGGCCAGACGGCCGGUCGAGUAGCCAACUCAGCCAAGGCACUUGUGGCGGCAACAGGGUUGAAUGCAGACCAGAUCUUAGCUGGUGUGAGUCCAGAGAACCAGGCAGCUGUGCGCAGUUACUUCCAGUAAUUACCUCUACUUGAUGUGAAUGAUUUCGUUAAAUGAGUCUCUUUCUUUUUCUUCUCUUCUUCCUAUUUUCUUCCAAUAUUACUCUUAUACUAUCUAGACAAUGAAUGGAUGUGUCGGAUACUUCAAUUAUUGAUCAUUUUGCUUCUUGUUUUUCUUCCCUUCCUGUGCUUUCCCCUUCGCAUGUCUCUCGUCACUUUUCUUCGUUUUGAGUUCUGGUAUGUCGGCUGAUUCAUGGAGCUUGAGCUGAGGCUGGAGUCAAUAGGUAGGUCGGUAGAUAGGUAGGUAGUCUAUUAUGGAACCUGGCAUUUAGUUAACAUGAAAUUACUGUACCUUCUUGGUCACCCAUGAAGUACCUGAUCUGAUGGGCGCCACUCUACCACCUAAGGUAUGUGUCGUAGUAACCUUGGAGAACCUCCAGAUACUAGAACUCGACAGCCGAACAUGUAUCAUCAUAUACGAUUUUGGAAGGUAUUUCGAACUUCCUAGGU